UGAGGAGAGAUAAGGUGGCAGUGCAGGCUGCUUUCCUGGAAUACAAUCUGCAUUUUGACACUCUCUGUUAAGCACUGCCCAUCUGUAUGUUAUUCAGCCAGAGCCUCCAGGGAGAAAGAGGAACUCCAGACUCCGAAAGACAGUGAGAAAGAAAGCAAAGGCACUCUUCUGAGAAGGAACUGUUGCAAAUUGACUUAGAAGUCCCACAUCUGGAAGCUGAUACUUAAAAUAACCGAGGCGCCACUCAACCAAGUGGGCCAGGAGGCAAUUAAAGCAGAAGCAAAAAAGCAAGAAGCUGAAAGAUCCCUGCUGAAUGUGAGGGGAGGAGAUGGCUUUGAUCUUGGCCUGGACCCUGCUUUUUCCUAUAUUCUCCUUCCUGGGAUGUUUCUCCUUAUGCUCAGCUUCGGCGGAGGACAACGCUUUUCAUUUUGACACUGAAGAGAGCUCAGCCCAUGGUAGCCAAGACAAUAGCCUUCUCAGAGGGCAGCAGCAAGCUGUAGCUUUUGCGAGCUGGUCUCAUUUUGCUGAGAAAUGUCAAGAAGGAUUUUAUCGCACCAUUUCGGGCAACUGCAAGCCCUGCCACUGCAAUAACAAUGCCUACAAGUGUCUUGAUGGAUCUGGCGUUUGUGUGGACUGCCAAAGAAACACAACUGGAGACCACUGUGACCGAUGUCCAGAAGGCUACCUGGGUGAUGUGACCAGAGGAGCACCCAGCUUCUGCCAACCUUGCCCUUGUCCCUUGCCUCUGGUGGCCAACUUUGGAGUCUCCUGUUACAGAAAAAAUGGAGUGGUGCGCUGUAAAUGCAAAGAACAGUAUGCAGGGUCAAACUGCGAAAGAUGUGCUCCAGGUUAUUAUGGAAACCCUUUGGUGAUUGGCAGUACUUGCAAAAAAUGUGACUGCAGCGGCAAUUCGGAUCCUAACUUGAUCGUUGAGGAUUGUGAUGAAGUGACAGGCCAGUGUCGCAACUGCAUGCGUGGUACCACAGGAUUCAAUUGUGAGCUCUGUGCUCCUGGUUAUUAUGGGGAUGCUAGAAUAGCUAAAAAAUGCACAGCAUGCAACUGUGGAGGAGCACCUUGUGAUCGUCGAACAGGACAAUGCCUCGGAGAACCUCCAAUGCCUGCUCCAGUCACAGAUUGCCCAGAUAUCAGUUGUGACAAAUGCAUUUGGGACUUGACUGAUGAUAUCAGCCUGGCAAUCCAAUCCAUUGAGGAAAGCAAAGAAAUUCUACUAAGCAUCUCCACUGGAGUUGCAGCUCACAAACACUUGCAUGACCUCAAUACCACUACUUUUAUCCUCAAGGAAAAAUUAUCCGAGAAGGACAAUCAUUCUGCUCUUCAGACAACCCAGGUUGAUGCUGCUGCAAAUGAAAUGACAGAACUUAUCAGGAAAAUUGAUGCCCUUGAUGAAAAGAGAAAUCAAGAAUCAGGCAAAGGUCAGCAGCUGCAGAAGGAAACUAUGGAGACCAUUAAGCGUGCUACUAUUCUUGCACAAGAACUUGGAAAUAUUGUAGAUAACAUACAAGAAAUUGGCAGCAAAGCAGAAUACUAUGGUAUUGAGCAUGAUCUGAGGCCUGAAGAUAUUGCUCAGAAGGUCAGAGCAGCAGAAGAGAUGCUGAAGGACAUCAGACUUCGUAGACCUUUCACCUUCCAGAGGCAACUUGCUGAUGAAGAGUCUGAAGCAGCUCAAGACUUAUUAAGGAAAGCUGAAAGUUGGGAACAGAAACAUAAUGAAACCAGGUCUUUGAUUCCUGACAUAUUGGAUCAGCUUGGGGACCAUCACACCAAACUCACAGACUUGCAAGAGGCUUUGCACCAAGUUAUUGAUGACAUCAGAAAAACAGCCACUAUAAAUAAUGAAAGCAUUGCUAAACUCCAGGCGCAUGAGAAACAACAAGAAAUAUUGGAGGAAGAGAUUGACACUCUGAACAAUACCCUAGGGAUGGCCACAGACAUUCUAAAUAUUUCUCGUGGAAUCAUCUUUGACAUGAAUGAAGCAAUACAGAAUGCAUCCAGGCUCUACGCAGAAAUAGAUGGAGCUAAAGUACAGCUACAGGACAAACAGGCCAACCAGUCAAGGUUUGAUGAAGAUUUGGUUGAAAAAGCCAUGAAAUAUGCACAGGGCCUUCAGGACCUUGCAGAUAAUUUGGAGAGGACUUUUCAUGGUAUUGACACAAAUGGAUUAGUACAGAAAGCACUAAAUGCUUCCAAUGUACAUGAAAAUAUAAUUAAUUAUAUUAAUGAAGCCAAUCAAAUGUCUGCCUUGGCAUUAAACACUACAGAUCGAGUCAGUGAUGCUGCUGUUGGAAUUGACACUCAGAUAACUUACCACAAAGACAAAAGUACAAUGCUUCUUGGGGAAGCCAGAAAACAACAAGGAAAUGCCAAUGCUAAUGUCUUUAAUGUUGAAGAAACAGGCAGAGAGAUUAAUGAAACACUUGACAAGAAGAAUGAUGUUAAAGGCCGUUUCAUGAAAGUCCUUAAAAAAAUGCACACAUCAGAGCAAGAUCACAUGAAGCAGUUUGAGCAAUUGCAAGCUAUUGCUACUCAAGCUAAAGAAACAGCUGCAACCAUAACCUCCACCACAGAUCCAAUGUCUGAGAAUGUGACAAAAUGGUCAAAAGAUCUGCGCAACUUUAAACCUGAAAGAGCAGCUUAUGAACGUGCCACAGUCACAACUAGGGAUACAGUGAGGAGUCUCACAGAACUUGUCCCACAGCUCCUAGAUAAGCUGCGUAUAGUAGAAGAGAAAAGAGCACCAAACAAUGUGUCAGCCAGCAUCCAGAGGGUCCGAGAACUCAUUGCACAGACCAGGAGUGUGGCAAACAAGGUUCAAGUGUCAAUGACAUUUGAAGGUCGUUCAGCAGUUGAAGUCAAUCCUCAAGUGAAUGUAGAAGACUUAAAGGCUUUCACAUCUUUAAGUUUGUACAUGAAAUUUUCUGGAGAAAACCCACAGAGAAAAAAGCCUCAAGAUCAAUUCGUUCUGUAUUUAGGAAGCAAAAAUACAAAAAAUUAUGUGGGUCUUGCAAUUAAGAAUGGGAACCUGGUCUACGUUUAUAAUUUGGGUGCUGGUGAUGUGAAUAUACCUCUAGAUUCUAAGCCAAUCAGCUCUUGGCCUACACAUUUCAAUCUGAUUAAAAUAGAGAGGAUUGGCAAGCAUGGCAAAGUGUUUUUGACAAUCCCAAGCCUUACCAGCACAGCUGAGGAAAAGUUUAUCAAUAAAGGAGAGGCUCCAGGUGAUGCUUCUCUUUUGGAUCUGGAUGCUAAAAAUACUGUUUUCUAUGUGGGAGGAGUGCCUCCAGAUUUUAAGAUAUCUGUCAUAUAUCAUAAUUCCAAGAAAAUGAUCUUGGUAGUGGAUAGGAGACAUAUAAAAAGUGUGGAAAAUGAAAAGAAAAACAUGCCAUUUAGUGAUGUCUAUAUAGGAGGAGCUCCUACCGAGAUUUUAAAAUCUAGUGGUGUCAGCUCACACCUGGCUAUCAGUACAUCCUUUAGGGGCUGUAUGAAAGGUUUCCAGUUCCAAAAGAAGGACUUCAAUUUGUUGGAAGAGCCAGGUACCCUGGGCAUUGGUUACGGCUGUCCCGAAGAAUCACUUAUGUCCCGCAAAGCAUAUUUUAAUGGUGAAAGCUAUAUCGCAUCCAGCCAGAAAAUCUCUCCUUUUCAUAUGUUUGAAGGCGGCUUUAAUUUCCGAACUUUACAGCCUAAUGGACUGUUGUUUUAUUGCACCGAAGAUUCAGAAGUGUUCUCUAUUUCCAUGGAAAAAGGAAAUGUGGUAUUAAAUGCAAAAGGAGUAAAAGUUCAGACAGCAGACAAGUCCUUUAAUGAUGGAAAGGCUCAUUUUAUCAUGACAACUAUCUCACCUGAAAAGCUUGAACUUUGGGUAGAUGAAAAAAGACAAAGCAAAAAUAAUCCGGCAAAGGAUGCAGCUGAGAGAAAGCCUGUAAGCACCAAGAAAUUCAGAUUAGAUCGAGAUAUUGAUGUGGAAGACUUCCAACGCUACCCGGAGAAAGUUCAUGCAUCUCUUUAUGGAUGUCCCGUGGAAUCUCCUCCAGUUGCCCUUUUUCAUAAAAAAAGAAAAAAUUCCUCCAAAGCCAAGGAAAGCCACAGCAAAAGGGCUGAAAAAAGUAAAAAAGGAGCAUCCCCUUUGUCAUCUGUCAUAAAUAAAGGAGAACAAGAACUGAGAAAUCAGAGGGACCCACACUGCCAUUUCUCCAAUAAUCCGAAAGCAACUGAGCAGGCGUAUCUUUUUGGUGGGACAGCAAAUAGCCGGCAAGAGUUUGAUUAUUUACCAGAGGAUUUCUAUGAAAGAUCUCAGUUCUCCAUUAGUCUAAAGACUCAUUCAUCCCACGGAAUGAUUUUCUAUAUUGCUGACCAAGCAGAGGAACAUUUCAUGGCCCUCUUCAUUGCCCAUGGUCGACUUAUUUAUAUGUUCAAUAGAGAUCACCAGAAAUUAAGAAUUCGAACCCAAGAGAAGUACAAUGAUGGCCAGUGGCAUAAUGUAAUGUUUGUUCGAGAGAAGAAUAUUGGUCGUUUGAUUAUUGAUGGCCUCCGAGUACUAGAAGACAGUCUUCCUUAUUCUGAUAACACAUGGCCAGUUACUACUCCUUUCUACAUAGGGGGUGUGGCACCAGGAAAAGCUGCUAAAAAUAUCCAGAUUAAUUCAGUAUACAGUUUUAGUGGUUGUCUUGGCAGUCUAAAGCUGAAUGGAAAGCCAGUCACUUCUCCAUCACAGACCUUCAGUGUAACACCUUGUUUUGAAGGACCAUCAGAAGAAGGAACCUAUUUUUCAUCAGAAGGGGGAUACAUUAUACUUGAUGAAUCAUUUAGCUUGGGCCUGAAAUUUGAAGUUGUUUUUGAAGUCCGCCCUAGGCACCGUUCUGGAAUACUUAUGCAUGCACAUAAUGUAAAUGGAGAGUUCCUGAACAUACAUAUGAAACAGGGACAGGUUAUUGUGAAGCUAAACAAUGGCAUUAAAGAUUUUUCAACUACAGUUAUACCAAAGCAAAAUCUCUGUGAUGGCAGAUGGCACAGAAUUGCAGUUAUUAGAGACGCUAAUGUAAUACAACUGGAUGUUGAUUCAGAAGUGAAUCAUGUGGUGGGACCAUUAAACCCAAGAGCAAUUGACCACAGAGAGCCGGUAUUUGUUGGAGGAGUACCAGAAGCCUUCCUGACAUUCAGCCUGACCACACGUAAUUCCUUUACUGGAUGCAUCCGUAACUUUAUGAUUGAUGAAAGGCCAGUGAUUUUCAGUAAGGCAGCUUUGGUCAGUGGUGCUGUGAGCAUCAAUGUAUGUCCUGCUGAGUGACAGGCUGGUACUACAAUGAUAUAUACAGCACUGAAGAAGCAGCAGAAGCUGUGCAGGGUUCAAUUUUCAGUAUCAGAAGAAUUAAAACAUAUCACUCAUUUUAAAUACAUGAUAACAUAACAGCAUAAAGCUUGCAAUCAUUAGGAAAGCUUCAAACACUUUUUUUUUUGGGGGGGGGGGAAAUACAGAUUCCUAACCUGUACUAGGGAAAAAAAACACCUCUGCGGUGUUCUAACUGGGGAAUGAAAGUGAUCAACCCAGUGGGAAGAAAUGUAAAUCCACUAC